UAUGAAGGAUUGAUUAGUACACAUGUGAGAGGAGGAGCUGGUGUGAAGUGGGUUGAUACAAGAAAGAAAGAAAAUAAGAAUUGAUUUGAAUUUGCAGAGGUAUUUAUCAUCUUCUUCGUCACCGAAGAAGAAGAAGAAAAAAAUGGAAGAGAAAGUGAGUGGUUGCAAGCAUGUGUUAAUGGUUCCAUAUCCAAGCCAGGGCCACAUAAACCCAAUGCUACAAUUCAGCAAACGGUUGUGUUCGAAAGGAGUGAGAGUAACGAUGCUAACAACCAUUUUCAUUUCCAACUCCAUGCAUCUUCAAUCUUCAUCUUUAUUAGGCUCUGUUAAUCUUGAUUUCAUAUCAGACGGUUACGACGAAGGUGGUUUUGCAGAAGCUGCUUCUGUGGAAACCUAUUUGUCACGCAUGGAAGAAGUGGGAUCUAAGAGCUUGAGAGAAUUCAUCAAGAAACAGAGUUCUUCCGAUGAAGGUAUAGAUUGCGUGGUGUAUGAUCCUUUGGUGAUAUGGGUGUUGGAUGUGGCAAAGGAAUUAGGGUUAAUGGGAGCAGCGUUUUUCACUCAAAUGUGUGCUGUGAAUUACAUAUAUUACCAUGUCUACCAUGGACUUCUGAAGGUUCCUAUUUCAUCAUCACUACCAAUUUCUAUUGAAGGGCUUCCUCUGCUUCAUUUCAAAGACGCACCACCCUUUGUUUCUGACCCUGCCUUCUACCCAGCAUACUUUGAGUUGGUCGUUAAGCAGUUUUCUAACAUUCACAAAGCAGAUCUUCUUCUUGUCAAUUCCUUCUACAAGCUAGAGGACCAGGUGGUGGAUGCAAUGUCAAAAGUAUGUCCAGUAUUGACAAUUGGGCCAACAGUUCCAUCCUUUCACUUGGACAAGACAAUCCCAAAUGACAGAGACAAUGUUCUGAAUCUGUUUGAGUUAGACUCAUCACCAAUUUCAUGGCUCAAACAAAAGCCUGAACAAUCAGUUAUCUACGUAUCAUUCGGCAGCAUGGUUUGCUUCAGCUCACACCAGAUGGAGGAAAUUGCAUUUGCCCUAAUCCAAACUGGUUUCAACUUCUUGUGGGUCAUCCCUGAUUUUCAUACAAAGAAUCUCUCAGAGGAAAUGGGGAAGAAGAUUGAGGCUUGUGGAAGGGGUUUGAUAGUGAAUUGGACACCCCAAUUGGAAGUUCUGUCAAACGAUGCUGUUGGUUGCUUUUUCACACACUGUGGAUGGAAUUCAACUCUUGAAGCUCUGUGCUUGGGAGUGCCAAUGGUGGCUCUGCCACAGUGGACUGAUCAACCCACCAAUGCAAAAUUUGUUGAAGAUGUGUGGAAAGUUGGAAUCAGAGUGAAGGAAGAUGAGAAUGGGAUUGUGAGAAGAGAAGAGAUUCAGAGUUGCAUUAGGGUUGUUAUGGAGAAGGAGCUUGGGAGAGAAAUGAGGAUUAAUGCUAAGAAAUGGAAGGAUUUGGCUGUUGAAGCAGUGACUCAAGGUGGCACUUCAGAUCACAACAUCAAUGAGUUCAUAAAGAAUUUGAAAAAAUCUUAAACUUUCAAUUAUUAAGGUAGUUUUUGGAAUUGAAUUGUAUGAUAAAGAAUCUGUUUUCUUUUUUUGUUUUUUUUUGUUAUCUGAUUGGUUGAUAUUACAUAUUGCAUUAUCUCACUGUAUACCAACAUAAUGUAAUUCUAGCAAAUAACAAUUCAAUGUUAUGCAGAUUGAGUAAUUAA